CGCUGACUAGUACGUGACGCUGUCGUCCGUCAGAAACAACUGCCACCCAGUCAACACAGAUUUAUUUUUUAUAUAUUUAACCUUUAUUUGUCUGGGCAAGUGGAUACCAUCUGGAGGGAGUCGACCAGCAAGCGUUCGUACCGCUCCCGAGAACCAUGACAUCCCAGGUGCGACAGAACUUCCACCAGGAAUGUGAGGCUGCCAUCAACAAGCAGAUCAACCUGGAACUGUAUGCUUCUUAUGUAUACCUGUCUAUGGGCUACUACUUUGACAGAGACGACAAAUCCCUGCCCAACUUUUCCAAGUUCUUCCUGACUCAGUCCAAGGAGGAGAAGGAGCAUGCUGAGAAACUGAUGAGUCAACAGAACCAGAGAGGAGGACGCAUCUUCCUCCAGGACAUCAGGAAACCUGACAGAGAUGAGUGGGGCAGUGGGUUGGAGGCCUUGGAGUGUGCCCUACAGCUGGAGAAGAGUGUCAACCAGUCUCUACUGGACCUGCACAAAGUAGCCGUGCAGCACAAUGACCCGCACAUGUGUGACUUCAUAGACCACUAUCUGGAUGAGCAGGUCAAGUAUAAGGAGCUGAGUGCUGGGAUCAACCUGCGUCGCAUGGGUGCCCUCAGAACGGCAUGGCGGAGUUUCUUCGACAAACACACCCUGGGCAGGAGUAGCAGCUGAACAAUCCUCCUUAUACUAGGGUCGUGUUCAUUAGGACACACAGUAGCAAAAUACGUUGAAACAGAAAAUGUCAAUUUCUUAUUGAAUGAAUUCAGAUAGUAGUACCUCCACAGUUUCAGCGUUUUGUGACGAAUGAACACAAAUUUUCCGCCUGCUGGUCAUUUUUUCAUGUUUGGUCUGUCCUUACGACUGGUAAUCUUCUAGUAUCAUAGAUAUGCUGGCUUAAGAGCAAAUGACCAGACGCCAUUGCUCUAUUUACAUGAGCUGUUAUAUCGUGAUUUACUGUUUUUAUGAUUUCCCGAGGCUGACUUCAGUCUGUUUGUGCUAUCAUACCAACUCCUUGUCAUUCAGUUUGGCUUGACAAAGACAGCACUGUCAGUCCUGACCUUAGUUCCUUGUUUUAUGUCUCUAUUUUUGGUUUGGUCUUGCGUGAGUUGGGGUGGGCAUUCUAUGUC